AUGGCAACGACAAGCAGAUUGCUUCAAUUGCCACCCGAAAUCAUUAUCGACAUCUUGAGUUACCUAUCCCCACACGACCUGCGAUCAUGCCAGCUCACCAACAGAGAGCCCCACAUGCUCAUUCGCUGUUCUGUGCUGCUGCAAUACAAGACGGCACUCGAGACUGCGCAGGCGGAGGACAACCCGUGCUCUUUGGCGCCGUAUUCCGAGAAGAUCGAGGAUCUCAGGUCGAGCGAAGAGGCCUGGAGCAUGGUGAAACCAAAGUUCGCCGUGUCGAUACCAGUGAAGCACCAUCCAUCGGGGAUCUACGAUCUUACAGGAGGAACAUAUUUGCUGGGAAAUGUCGACAGGAAAACACUGCAUUAUCUCAAGCUUCCCAGGACACCGUACGAUGACACGAGGUGGAGGUCCGUAAGGGUGGAUCGGACGAUCAUUGACAUGGGUCUAUGCGUCUUCGAGCACGACCUGAUAGCCAUUGUUACGACACAUCGGAAGGAGCAGAUAGAGCCCGCCUUGUUCGACAUCGAACUUACCCUGCGCGAGUUCUCGUCAGAUCGACGACACCCCCAGGCCAAAGAGGAGCGAAUUCUGGUCAUGACGUCCCCAUACGAGAAACCAGCCAUCGGAAUUGAGAUCGUCGGCGACAAUCUCGUCCUUAUACUCACGUUCUACAACCACCGCGACAAGCCGGACGACCGUGUCUUUAUCUACGAGUGGCGGACAUCGGUCCUCAAAGCGAGCUUCUCCGCACCAUGGCACACUUACGCGGGGCUCAUUUUCCUCUCAGAACACCUUGUCCUGCUCCCAAACACACAUGAAAACUGCCUCGAGAUCUUUCGCAUCCCAUUCAAGCCGACAAUCGAAAGCCUUACACCCAUCCUCACUCUCUCAUUACCAAGGCUUGCUGAGGGCCGCUCUCUAACCGGCGUCUCAUGUCGUGCAGAACCCAACCCAAUCGGAGCUUCAUCGCGAAUCGAUAAACGCCAGAGAGCCCAGGAACGCCUCGACGCCGGGAUCGUGGACGUAGACGACUUCCAGCCCACCCGUGGUUUCCUCGCCAGCGCCACUGAUGCUAUCUGUGUGUUUGCGGUGCGGAUUAACGGGAUACCUGUGGCUGCUCUCGAUGGCAAUGGAGGAUUCAACCUCCACUUUGCUUUCGCGAACGCAUUCACAUUCUUCGUUCAUCGCCGGUCGUUCCUCAACUUGGUGCACGAACACGAAGGAGCCGAUGCUCCGAUCCCGUGGCCGGAGUGGGGCCCACCAGUGUCGCGCUGGUUCAAUGCGAACACGUUCCCGACCCGGUGGAUCACCACGACGGCUGGCCAGCGGUGCGUGGUCAUCGCGGAGGCGGCACCCGAGACGGGCUUCCCGUACGUUGUGCUCGACUUCAACAAGGACAACGUGAGGCGAAUGAAGAAGAAACUCGCAGAGGAGAAGGAGGAGCACGACCGUUCACCUACAGUAGAGAUGAACCACAUGACCUACGAAGAGGAGCUUGAGGCCGAGCUGGACGAGGCCGCGGCUGCGCUAUUCGCGCCCUCGCCUUUGGCCGGCCCAGACCUCCAGGACGAGCCUAUGGACGAGGACGAUGAGCACGAGUCGGAUUCGUCUUCUGAGGUCGACGUCGGCCGCCCCAGCCGGAUCUGGUGCGUUGAGACGAGCGAGAAAGUUGACGCACCGGAGACGUUUGUGGAGGAGGUGUCCGGCGAGCUGCCAUAUGUCGCGGCAGCCUCGGAGGGGCGAUACGCCUUCGACGGCGUUCUGCUGGACGAGGAGAGGAUAAUUGGGAUCCGGACCGACAUCAUGGACGAUAUCAAAUAUAUCGAUGUACAUUAUUUCGGGUAA